AAGUUGAAAAAAAAAAGCGUAUGAGGGGCUGCAUUGGUUUUUACCACUUCUGACUUGAGUGCUCGGUACUGAAUAACAGAAUCAAUACUCAAUAAUUUUCUUCUUGACUGAAGUUUUAUUAUUCGUUUCAUUGCUUUUCCUGUGGAAGAAAAGUGUGUGUGAGGGGAACCUGUAGGACUGGAUCUGGGUCACUGAACGUGCUGGGCUCAGCUUUUACCAGGUCUAAGCAGCCAGCUUGCAGUACUUCAGAGCAGCCUGGUAGUUCUGCGGCGUUCAACAACAGUCGUUCUCUUCACGAAGAUGUUCUGAACAAAUGGUUCAAGUUGAUAUGCUGUUGACAAGUUCUACCAAAACCUAGUUACUAAAUAAGAGUAGAAAUUUAUACAUCUUGUAUUUUUGUGUGGUAUCACUUGUUCAAAAUUUAAGUAUAAAAAUAUAAAUAGUCAGUGGAAGUACCUUAUUUUGACCACAUGAAUCCUGCCUAAAUCUUUGUAAUCCUGUCUAGAUCUUGUACCAUAUAGCAUACUUAACCAGCUCAGCUAAAGUUGUGAUAGAGAGUAUCUCACUUCAGAGGCAUUGUUGCCCUCUGAAAUCUAACUGCUCCCUCUCAGAACUAACUUAACUUAAAGUUAAAAGCUUCUAAUUGCAUUUUUGUAUUGAUUUUACUUUAUUACAUCAAUGUAUUAAGAGGGCAAUUUGCAUGUCGCCUUUGGCAUGCUGAAGUUUUAACUUUUUUUUACAGUACAAAGGGCUAGAGGCUUUAGUGUCAUAUUAAAGCUGACGUUCUAAUAGUUUUAUUCUAAGCUCCAAAAACAUAUGGUGCAGGUAACAGCAAUGUUUCUGUUCCCUUCAAAGGUUCAGCAGAUGCUUUACAAAAACUGUUGCGAGUGAAGCAAGAAUGGCAAAGCAAACUCUUUCUGUGUUUCAGAAGUGCCACAGGAUGGCAGUAUUUCAAUAGAAUUCUAAUAUUAAUAAAAAAUUUUGUUGGUCAGUGUUCUGGUUUGGUAUCUUUGGAGUAAUUAACAGCAAGAAUUAUUUUCCUGGAAUAAAGGAGACACUAUUGGUACUGUAAAAGGUUAGGAUGUUGUUUCAUUGUAUAGAAUUAACUCUUCGAGGACAGGUCUAUUGUGCCCAUUGGUAAUUGUUUCGUAUCUAUAAUGUGGGAUCAUUGGUUUAAAGGAUUAAAAUUAUUAAGGGAAAUAAGUAAAGUUAGCAGGGCAAAGUUCAACCCGCCAGAGUUCGGACUUGUUCAGGUCCACUUAGUACAUCAUCGUUUGUACUUUGAAGACCAAAUGCUUAUACCUGGCCAGUCUGCAUAGUUGUGGGGAAAGAACAAUGGAACAAGGGACUUGGAUGAAGGUUUGCACCAAAAAAUCGCAACAGAAAUGAAUCUUUCUGAAACUGCCUUCAUCAGAAAACUGCACCCUACAGAUGACUUUACUAAAAGUUCUUGCUUUGGACUCAGAUGGUUCACUCCAGCCAAUGAAGUUCCUCUGUGUGGUCAUGCUACACUUGCCUCAGCUGCUGUUUUGUUUCACAUACAAAAAAACACAAAUUCAGUUCUUACUUUUGUUACUCUGAGUGGGGAAUUAAAAACGAGACGAGAGAAAGAUCAUAUUGUCCUGGACUUACCGCUUUACUCAACCUACCCACAGGCACUUGAGGAAGUAGGAGAGUUAAUAAAGGCAGCUGUUGGUGACAUGAUCGUUCAAGAUCUCCGUUAUUCUCCUGACACAAAGAAGCUCCUGGUCCGCAUCAGUGAUGCUUAUGAAAGGUCUGUGUUGGAAAAACUGCAAGUGAACGCUCAACAAUUUCUGUCAGUGGAAAAGACUGGAAAGGUGAAAGGACUCAUACUCACUCUUAAGGGAAACUCCAGUGGAAAAGAUAAAGGCCAUGAUUUUCACUCCAGAUAUUUUGCACCUUGGUAUGGAGUUCUGGAAGACCCUGUUACAGGAUCUGCCCAUGCUGUUUUAAGCAGCUACUGGUCAGAGCAGCUGGGGAAGACAGAAAUGCUUGCUUUUCAGUGUUCUCGCCGUGGAGGAGAGUUGAAGAUUUCACUGCGUAAUGAUGGAAGAGUUGAAAUUGCGGGGCAAUUUGCUAUUGUGUUGAAAGGAAACUUGACUUUAUGAAGAAACUGAUACUAACAGUUUCAUCUCUCACACCUUCAUAUUAUUCCUAUUGUGUUGAUUAUAUCUUAGUUCUAGACACUGAAUCACCACGGUCAUCAAAAAUCUUUGAUUACUUACUGUCUGCCUUUAGAAGGUACUUGAAAACGCUCACUUCUAAUCUUCAAGAACCCUGGUAUUGUUUUCUUCACUUUCAUCUGAUGACUUCAUAUGUGCACUAAUCUCAGAAACUGUCCAAGGACAGCUCUCUUGUUUUUCUGCUCUAAAAUGAUUCUUUUAUUUGUUUCCGAAUUCCGUGUUUUAAAAGCCAUUUCUGCCUCCUGGAUUGAUCUGUAAACUUAUCUGAUGGAUAAAGCAAUCAAACUUUUUCCAUGUUCAGUUAUUCUCCAUAAAAUCUGACUGUCAUCCUUCCAAGAAAAAAAUCCCCUCUGCCACAUCUUGAGAUGUUCCUCAUGUUUGUUAAUUUACUUGAAUUAAAAUAUGAAGCAAAUAUAAAAGGUUUAAAAA